UGUGGCACUGCCAAAACAUGGGCUUUGCUCUAACAGCAGCCUGGAAACAACUGGAAGUGACCUGCUAUACUUUGGUUCCCCCAUUGAUACAACAGACAUGGGGAAGGUUGCUUAGUUUUAUUGUGAAUUGCUGUGACCUCUGGUGUUGAAAAGGGUGGGUAUGAAGUAUCAUGUUAUUAUGUUACUCACAUUUUGUUACUGUUACCAUCUACAGAAUAUUGGUUCCAAAGGAUUAUCCUAGAGUGUAAUUCUAAAUCUGUGACCGCAAUAAACCAUAAUCUAUGUUUGCUGAUGACAGUUGCAUUGACAGAAGCAACCUUGAGGCCUUUAGUACAUCUUGUAAAUUGGGAAUUGGGACACAGCUCUCCACUGAGCUUUUUAUGAUGGAGAAGAAAAUUCGAAUGAAAUCUAAGGUUGCGGCUCCUAAUCUCCAGAGGGCACUGCAUUCUCUGUACCAGUUUGGUCACCUCUGUGACGUGACAGUUCACACGCAACAUCUAGGAAUUCAGGAGGAAUUUCUGGUUCAUAAAGCUGUCUUGGCAGCUUCCAGCAACUAUUUUAAGGGGCUUUUCCUGCAUGAUGAGAUGCUGGACACCAAGAAUUGCACAGUGACUCUGCAAGACAUUUACACAGAAGAGUUCACCUCCUUUCUGGAAUUCGUCUAUACUGCAGAAGUAGAGAUUGAAGCAGGAAAACUGCAACGAAUGAAAGAAAUAGCAGAAAGGCUUGAGUGCAAGGACUUGCUUGACAUUUGUGAGGAAGUAAGAGCAGAGGGAAAGAAAGGUUUGGAUUUGAGCCUCCAUCUGAAAGGUCAGCUGUGUGAAAGUGGUGUGCCACAGUGGCCUUGCAUCCAGCAAGAGGAAGACCGCAAACUGAGUAGCUGUUCCCAAGUGGUGGCAGUACCCAUGCAGAGGAAACUCUGGGAGAGGCAGAAGUGUAACAAGUUGCUGGCUGGUUAUGAACUCAUUGAAGGCCAACCAGUAAAUCUGGAGCAAGAAAGCACUGCUUUUCCACAGCAAAAAUCUAGGACAGCAAAGCUACGCAAAUGUGACAGAAUGGAUGACAGAGGCAGACUUAGCAUGGAUGUCAUUAGUCUGGAGCAGAGGAAUACUCAUUCUCCCAUGAGUCAGACUGGGUCAAAGGAAGCCUGCGUAGUAAUUAGGGAUAUGCUGUCUGAGCAGUGGGAAGAUGGAAACAGUUUGAUUUCCGAUCUUAGCUGUAAAACCAAACGUAGGAGAUCACUGCGGCGUGUGGCAAAAGUCUUGCCAGAGUUGGCAUGCGAGAAGUGCAAUGAAUCAUUCCACAUAAUCAAGAAUUACCAGUUGCAUAUGGAGCUCAAGCAUGGCAUUAAUCUGUCUGUCAAAUACAGCUGCAACAUGUGUGAGCAGCUCUUUUCCAGCCACCAGAACCUGAGGCAACAUUGCCUCACUGUUCAUAGUGCUGAACAUGGCUUCUCUUGCAUGUUUUGUGACAAGAGGUUUAAGCAUCAGAAGGACAGAAAUGACCAUAUCCAGAGGGUGCAUGAGAAGCAGAGGGACCCACAGGCAUGCCCGUACUGCGACAAGGUCAUCAGCUCCAAGUGUGGCCUGACAGUCCACAUCCGAACACACACAGGAGAGAAACCUUAUAAGUGCGAGAGCUGCCCUGCCAGCUUUGCUCACAGGUCUGCUUACAAGACUCAUGUAAGAAAAAUCCAUGAAUCUGGGCAAGAGAGGAAGCUUAUGCCAGUCUAUUGGAUGGUGGUUCCACCUACACACAGACCAAAUGCAGCAAGCUGUGGCAAAGAUAGUGAUAGGGAGAUAUGGGAUGGGAUGUCAGAGGCUGAACUAGAAAAGGGUGCAAUGCCCAAAGAGUCGGCAAGUUGUGAGGAAGACCCUGCAAGGCCACCUGUUACACAGGCAGAUUGUAGUGAACUGCAAGAAGAGCAGAAGCAGAAAUGUACAGAAGCUCAAAGAGGAAGGGAAACACUGAGUGAAGAAGGGAAUGAAGCUGAAGGUGAGAGGAGUGUGAAGGGAGAGGAGGAGGGAGAUUUUGAAGCAGAGUAUUUGGAUGUUGAAGAUAUUAAAGAUAAUGAUGAAGCCUGUACUGAGGAGGACGAUGAGGAUGAUGAAUGCUCCAAUGAAAAAUGUGCUGAAGAACAUGAGUCAGCUGAAGAGUUGAAAAUGAAGAAGGUAAAUAAAAGUGGGGUGAAUAGGAAAUCCGCCUAUGUAAUAAGAUGCAAUAAGUGUAACGAGCAGUUUGUUUCCCGGAAGAAGUAUGUGGAUCACUGCAGAGAUAUCCAUCAGUGCUUGCCUGGUAAAGUCUAUCAGUGUGACAUCUGCAGCAAGUCGUUUGCUAGUUACAACAGCUGGAAGGAGCACCGAGCAUGCGUCCACACUGAUGAAAGGCAGUUUGCCUGCAGCCUGUGCACUGCUACUUUUAAAAGAAAGAGAGAUGUGAGGACACAUUAUGUGCGGAAGCAUGAAGGUAGAGUCAAACGUCCCCUCUGCUCUGUCUGUGGGAAGAUCCUCAGCUCCCGAACAGCACUAGUGUUUCACAUGCGGACACAUACAGGAGAGAAACCUUAUGAAUGUGGCAUUUGUCAUUCCAAAUUUGCUCAGCCAUCACAGCUUAAGAUCCAUACCAGAUCCCAUACAGGGGAAAAACCAUACGUUUGUGAGGACUGUGGUGCUUGCUUUGCUGAUAAAGGGAAACUCACUGGCCACAGAAGGACACACACAGGUGAGCGUCUCUUUAAGUGUGAUGUGUGUGGAAAACAUUUUGCCACCAAUGAAUAUUUAAAAUGCCAUAAACGAUGCCACAUGGGUGCUAAGCCGUACAAGUGCGAGGUUUGUGGGAAGACGUUUGGAUUGAGAGCCUCACUAGCUCAGCACAGUAAUGUCCACGCAGAGACCCGUCCGUAUUUCUGUGAACAGUGUGGAAAAACAUUCACCCAGCAGGGUGCUCUCCGUCGCCAUCAGCGUAUUCACACUGGGGAGAAGCCCUACAAGUGCAGAGCGUGUGAGAGAACCUUCACGGACAUGUCCACCCUGCGCAGACAUGUGUUGAUCCAUGACCGAAACGCUCACUGGAGGAGCUUCUUAAUCGACCUUACAACCAAAAAAAACCACAACUGGUCCAAAAUCGAGACAUUCCCGGGAUCCUGGAUGGCAGAGGCUCCAGGAAUGUGCUCAGUUGACCGAGGUAAACUUGAUAAACCAGAAAGCCUCGUUCUUAACCGAGUACAGCAUGUGCCACCCAGUGUUAGUAACCAGUGCCUGUAACACAGCAGGCCGUGCGGGCAGGGGAGGCUUCGUGCGGCCUAGUUAUGACUGCAUUACACGGUAUGUUGUUAGGGCAGUGUGUACGGAUGUCUAUAUGCGCACAUAUCCGUACUGUCUCUGUCACUGCGGGGUUCAAUAAAGACGCGCUCUCAGGAGCGAUGUGAACA